UGAGACAGAGAGAGAUGAUUAUAGAGAGAUAAAUAUUUUAGGAGCUACAGAAAGGCCAAAGAAACUUUUCUUUCCUUUUCUCUUCAACCAAACACCACUUCAUUUUCUGUUUUACUCCUGAAUUUCAGUUAUAUAGGAUUACUUCCGCUUCACACCCAGGUCCCUUUUUCAUGCCCUUUCUUCAAAAUCGUUGAUGUCUAUGCCCUUUGAAGAACAUGAUUACAUAGGCUUAUCAGAGCUUCCUUCAAUGGAAAACUCUGAGAAACUCACUACUAUUUCCUCAGAAGACCAUCAUCAUAAUAAUAAUAGGAACAACAAUAACAAAGGUUUGAAUUUGAAGGCCACUGAGCUGAGACUUGGCUUGCCUGGUUCUGAAUCACCAGAGAGAAAAAAUGUUGUUGGACAUGGUGGGUUGGAGGAGAAGAAAAAUGGGUACCCACUUGGUGCCUUGAAAGGUUUGGUCUCGGGGGCCAAGAGAGGCUUCUCAGACACCAUUGAUGGUGGUUCCGGGAAGUGGGUUUUCUCUGGGAGUGGUGGAUCUGAUGUUGAUUUGGGGAAAAAUGGUGGUUUGUUCUCUCCCAGAGGUGUCAAUGGUGGUGGGAAGACUCAUGGCGUGCCUGAGAUUAAUACUCAGCAGUCUUCCAUGGCUUCCAUUGGUGUGAAAGAGGCUGUUCCGCUGUCGCCGAAGCCGGUGACGCCCGAGAAGAAGCCCCUGAUCUGUGGCAACGCCCAUGCUGGGACUGCUCCAGCUGCUAAGACACAGGUUGUAGGAUGGCCACCAAUUCGAUCUUUCCGGAAGAAUUCGAUGGCUAGCAACCAUCCUAAAAAUGAUGAAAAUGGGGAUGCAAAGUUGGGUUCGGGUUGUCUCUAUGUCAAAGUCAGUAUGGAUGGUGCCCCGUACCUGAGGAAAGUUGAUCUCAAAACCUAUGGAAGCUAUACAGAACUGUCUUCGGCACUGGAAAAGAUGUUCAGCUGCUUUACAAUCGGGCAAUGUGGUUCUCAUGGAGUUCCAAGCACUGAUGGACUGAGUGAGAGCCGGUUGAUGGAUCUUCUCCACGGUUCUGAAUAUGUGCUUACCUAUGAGGACAAGGAUGGUGAUUGGAUGCUUGUUGGCGAUGUUCCAUGGGAAAUGUUCACAGACUCUUGCAAAAGGUUGAGGAUCAUGAAAAGUUCAGAUGCGAUUGGUCUAGCCCCAAGAGCCAUGGAGAAGUGCAAAAGUCGUAACUAGAGUGGUACUGUUUCUCCAAAGGGAUUGAUUUCUCGAUGAGAAAAAGAAGGUUAAGGAUUGUAACUCUAAUUGCCGGAAGAAGCCUUGAGGAUUUGAGAUGAUGUGCAUGCUGUUUAUUAUUUGUGUGUUCUAAAGAAGUCUUUUUUUAGCCUUGUUGUGUGUAUGUACUGGGAAAAACAUUCUAGUAGCAGAAGAGAUGUUGACAGCCUAGUAGUUUUUGUUAGGUAAUGCUUGUUUUUCUGUCUCUUUCAGUCUCAUGUAUUUUGAGUAGUGCUUGCUGCUCAAGGUUUGAAAUACUCUACAUAUGUAAAUGGUUUGUUGUAGCAUUGUAGCA